CGCAGGACCAGACACCCUCACCCACGGGUGCUGAGCUUGUCAGGCCUGAGGCAGGAGGAGGCCGCGCCCAUGGGCUCCCAGUCACCGAUGCUGGCCGCUGCCGCUGUGUACCUGCUAGGAAUGCUGGACACCUACUGCUUCGGACAGUCCAGCUGGAAGAAUCCAGGAAUCUCAGUGAACCUCACCGGCUCCCCGUCGCCAUGCCAGGGCCAGCUGCAAGUCCACUUCGAGGGCUCAUGGUACGCCGUGUGCAGCCAGAGCUGGGGCAAAGGCCCAGAUGGCUGGAGGGAUCACUGGCAGUUGCAGAGCAUCUGUCAACAGCUGCACUGUGGGAAUGCCCUGGCUGCUGGCUACUUCCCUGCCUUCCACAGAGUACAGAAUCAUAUCCUCUGCCACGGACCCCUGUGGUCCUUUGACAACUGCACCAACACCUGGCCCAGGUCAUGCUCCCCGCUGGGUCUGGUCUGUAUAGAACCCAAGAAAAUGACCCCUCGGCCCACAAGUCCCCCACCGACAACCACGCCACAACCCACAGCUCCCCCCAGGCUGCGGCUGGUACCGGGGUCCCAGGGCCUGCGCUGUGCCGGAGUGGUGGAGUUCUACAGGGGCAGUCUGGGGGGCACCAUCAGCGCUGAGACACAGGACAAAGCCAAGAACUUGGGAACACUCGUCUGUAGCACCCUGCAGUGCGGUGCCCUGAAGGAAGUGAUUCAGGCAGAGGCAAAGGGUGCACAGGAUGCGGGAGAACCAGGGGGACUCAGGCCUUUGCCAAUCAGGUGGGCCAUCCAGAACACGAACUGCACCUCCCUGGAGCAGUGCUUCCGGAGAAUCCAGCCCUGGGACAGCCACCAGGCUCUUGCUGUUGUCUGCUCUGGUUUCCAGCCCAAGGUGCAGAGCCGCCUGGUGGGUGGCAGCGGCACAUGUGAGGGUAUCGUGGAGGUGCGCCAGCACACGCAGUGGGCAGCCCUGUGCCACAAUGCCCCAGCCAAGGGUGUGGCGCGAUGGGAGGAGCUGUGCCAGGAGCAGCAGUGCGGCAGAGUCAGCUCCUACCACUUGCUGGAUACCGGCAGGAAGACUGCCACAGGGUUCUUCUGUGACCGGGAGAAGCUGUCCCAGUGCCACGAGCUGCAGGAGAAAAAAAGUAACUGCAGGAGAGUGUUUGUCACAUGCCAGGAUCCAAACCCCGCAGGCCCAGCCGCAGGCACAGUGGCAAGCAUCAUACUGGCCCUGGUGCUUCUGGCAGUGUUGCUGGUGGUGUGCGGCCCUCACGCCUACAGGAAGCUGGUGAAGAAACUCCGCCAGAAGAAGCAGCGCCAGUGGAUUGGCCCCACGGAAAUGAACCAGAACAUGUCCUUCCACCGCAACCACACGGCCACCGUCCGCUCCCAGGCAGGAAACCCUGUGGCUUCCUCCCAUGUGGACAAUGAGUACAGCCAGCCCCCCAGGAACUCCCGUCUGUCUGCUUAUCCAGCGCUGGAGGGGGCCCUGCAUCGCUCCUCUGCCCAGCCCGACAACUCCUCCGACAGCGACUACGACCUGCAUGCGGUGCAGAGGUUGUAACAGGCUUCCUUCUCAUCCCUCAGAACUGGCCACCAGGAACUGAAAACCAGGAGCUGGACCCAGCCGUCCAGACACAGCGUAGCUUCAUUCCCCUGGAAGGCCCUGCUGAACUUCUACUCCAGCCGGAAGCUGGACAGAGACCAGAGUGCCCUUUGCUUCUAUCCUGCUGCACGUAGGGGCAGGCCAGCUCAUACCUUCCCCAUAGCAGACCCUGGCCCAGGACAGGACUGUGACAGCAGGGCCAAGCCCCUCCAAGUGGGUAUCCAGAAUGUGGACCCUUCCUUACAGGGCACAAUGAGCCUUUUCUCCUUGGACUCUGACCCUGGCGAGGAAGCUCUCAUUGGGAUGGGGCAGUUUCCCUGGUGCCUGUUGGGAACAUUCUUUGUAAACAAUGCUUUUCCUAACUUCCUGAGAA